GCUAACUCUGCUGUAUUCAACAGUUGUCUUCUUGGCCAGGGAGGCGUUUCGCAGAGCUUGUUUGAGUGGAAGUACAAAGCGAAACUGGACCAAAACAAUUAAUCUGUUGUGGCUGACAGUCCCUCUUGGUGUUUUUUGGUCUAUUUUCUUGGGCUUAGUCUGGCUACACUUGCUUGAAGUACCUGAUCCUUCUGUGGUUCCUCAUUACCAGGCUGGUGUAGUUGCCUUUGGUCUUUCUGCAAUUAUCGAGCUUCUUGGAGAACCAUUCUGGGUUUUAGCACAAGCUCAUUUGUUUGUGAGACUUAAGGUAAUCGCUGAAAGCCUUUCUGUAGUGUCAAAAUGCAUUUUGACAGUUAUUUUAGUAGUCCUUUAUCCUCAGUGGGGCCUCUACAUUUUUUCCUUAGCUCAGCUUGUAUAUGUCAGUGUCCUGGUAAUGUGCUACGUAAUUUAUUUUGUGAUGUUUUUGGAAUCACCUGAAGCAACAAAGAAGUCAUUUCCAGUUGCUAGAAUGAAAGCUCUGUUACCUAACUUGGUGCAAGAUGAACCCUUUGUUAACUGGAAGGAAGCACGGCUGACUUGGAGUUUCUUCAAACAAUCCUUCUUGAAACAGAUUUUGACCGAAGGUGAACGAUAUGUGAUGACUUUUUUGAACGUGUUAAAUUUUGGAGAUCAGGGUGUAUAUGAUAUCGUGAAUAAUCUUGGGUCGCUGGUGGCCAGGUUUAUCUUUUUGCCUAUUGAGGAGAGUUUUUAUGUCUUUUUUGCUAAAGUGUUGGAAAGAGGAAAGAAUGUAAAGGAACAGAAGCAGGAUGAUGUUGCUAUGGCUGCAAAUGUGUUAGAAUUGCUGUUGAAACUUGUGCUUCUGAUUGGCCUUACCAUCACGGUUUUUGGCUACGCAUAUUCUCAGCUGGCUCUGGAUGUUUAUGGAGGCUCAAUGCUCAGUUCUGGAACAGGUCCAGAUCUCCUCCGAUGUUACUCUUUAUACGUCCUGUUUCUUGCUAUCAAUGGAGUGACAGAAUGUUUUACGUUUGCUUUGAUGUGCAAAGAAGAGGUAGACAGGUACAAUUUUGUUAUGCUGGCCCUGUCCUUCACAUUCCUGUGCAUCUCCUAUUUCUUGACCCAGUGGCAUGGCAGUAUAGGCUUUAUCCUUGCCAACUGCUUCAACAUGGGCAUUCGAAUAGCUCACAGCAUCCAUUAUAUCUAUGAUUACUUCAGAGACAGCACUUACAGACCUUUGGCAGGCUUGCUUCCCUCACCACUUUUGGUACUUGUUUAUAUCAUAAGUGGAGUAGUCACUGGUUUCUCAGAGGUGUUCUUCUGCUGUGAUAAGGGUUGGAUGGCAAGGCUGGUUCACGUCAGCGUGGGGGCUCUGUGCUUUGCAGCAACCGUCGUUACUAUGUUCUGCACAGAGACCAAGCUGAUCCACUUUGUCAGAAGCCAGUUCCUCUCCCGGUAUAUGAAGAAGGGAACAUGAAAUGUUCAUG